GCGGAUUGGCGCGGCCUGCGCGGCUCCUCCCGCCGCCGCCGCCGCUCGGCUCAGGGGGGAUCCGGCCGCGCUGCGCCGAGCCGAGCCCAGCCUGGCGGCUCCGCGCUGCGUGCCGCCGGGGUUCCCUCCCUUCGCGGCUGCGUUCCGGAAAUGUGAUUCCCGUGAGUGUGCAAGGAACCUACAGAACUGUAAUGUCUAACACUACACGGAAUAACAACUGUUUGAAGUUUCUAGGUGGGAGAGACGCUGUGAAGCCCUGUGCAGGGCAAGGAGAGCUGAGGAGGGAGCCUUGCAUGUGAACCAGGAUGGACUGGCUGUGACGGCGUGCCUUAGCUGGAGGGGGAGUUACGAUGAAGAGUUCCUGCAGAGCUGGCCUCCACAGGGAACCACUGAAUUCAGCAUCUUCUACCUUCCAUCAAGUCAAACGGAGGCAGUUAGGCAGGCACAAAGGGAUCAGGAGCAGUUGCUUCAGGCUGAAGUUAGUGCUGCAAGGGAGUGGUUUUUCUAGAAACCAGAUGCCUCCACAGCUGCUGUAGUCGGACCAGCCCCUGCUCUGGAGCACCGUGCUUCCCAACCCGCCUCUCUCCAGGCUUGGAUGGCUGCCACGUGCCAGAACAAGCUCCAAGAGAGGGGAGGUGUGUGCAUAUAUGAAGGCGUGCAUUUAUGCAUCAGUCCAGCAUAGGAGCCAACUGUAGUGACAACGAGCUGUACUGAAGCUUGUAAAAACAGCAGUGUCAUUCCAGAGCUGAAUGAAAUGUGCUGCUGACGCAUGAGGAAGAUGUUCUUCUUAUCUAAGAAGGAUGAAUUUUGAAUGUUCAUGGCAAAGUGUGUAAGUGGUGGGGCUGAGGCUUCACUUCUCUCCGAGCAAUGCUUUCAGGUAAGGUCUGUUACUAGAGGCUCUCUUAAAGAAGUUCUUUAUAUAGAAGUUCUCUUUCCUCGUUGCCUGAAAACUUGGAGGGAAGUGGCAGUGCCAUUCAGAUGGAGUUAGCAGCCCUCCUUUUGUAGCUGUCUGGAGCUAUUAAAGGAAGGUUUUCUUUAAAUCUGGAUCCAUUAAAACAGUGCAAUGAACUGAAUGCUGAAUUCAAAUGAGGCAAUUACUCUGGCAGUAAAACUUCUGACUAAGGCAUAAUUUUGUUAUGUAAAUUGUAACUUUUCAACCUUAAAUGGUAUUGUUGGCCUAGCUGGAAACCAACUGAAACACAGGAGGAAAUAUAACCUCAAACGAGAAAUCUGUAGUAGGUGAGGCAUAACUUUACCCUUUGUCUUUCUCCAUAGACCUGAAAUAGCCGUGAGCAGCUGAACCAACUUUGCUGGCUAAACGUGUCCUCCGAGCCUGCUGGGGUAACCAGUUUAGUCCUGUUCUCAUUCAUGUAACACCUGAGCUCACCUCCAUUUGCAGUUUUCCCUUAAUGAAGGGUGUUGAAGUGAUUGGUCCUGCUGGAUUCCUGAAAAUGGCUCGAAGAAAGCCUUUUUAGCACACAAUUCAGCUCAUCUUUCAAACACCCUGGCGUGAAAACUCAGGAAUGAAGUUUGAUCUUUUGUUCCUAGCUCCUGGGAUUUCAAUGUGGAAAGCUGUGUAACUUCAUUGCCAUCACCUUUUCUUCCCCCAGGGUACUGCUGUGAGCAGCUACCAGAGCUUUUCUCCUGAAAGAACUUCUCCAAAAUGCCCUUCCCAGUGGGGAAUGGAGGACUGCAGGCAUGGUUCUCUGCGACCGCUCACCUGCUUUUAUAAUAGAAGCUGGACACUGACCCAGGUGUAUUGGAGGCCUGACUCUGAGCAGCUAUGAAUUGUGGAAAACUAGGCAUGAGCAAACUUGCAGCAGCCUCGAUUUCCCAUUCUCUCUUACUCAUCUGUUUCAGCACCCUGAAGUUCUAUUUUUACGAGAUUAUUUUAGUUGUUAGCAUCCAACUGAGAAGGGAAACAAAAUAGCUCAGUUGCAUUCUGGAGAGGAAAGUGAACUGGGAGGUGACCCAGUUCCAGCAAGAGCUGGAAUUAAUGCAGAAGGCAUGGGGGGAGAAUUAACCCAGUGACUGGGUGGGUGUCUGUACAGAAGUGGGAGCUCUGUCAUGCCCACAGCCUGUAGCUGAAGGGAAGAUGAUAUUAGCACUGGUCGCAAGGGUGAGGUGAUGCCUGUAAAAUCGUAAGGGAAGAAGAUCCUCUUUCCUGAGCACCCUAGGAUCUUCUCACCCUAUCACUAGGAACCUAGGAGAGGGAAUGACCUCAAGUUGCACUGGGGGAGGUUCAGGUUGGAUAUUAGAAAACAUUUCUUCUCUGAAAGAGCAGUGCUGCACUGGCACAGGCUGCCCAGGGAGUGGUGGAGUCCCUGUCCCUGAGGGUGUUCAAGAACUGUGGAGAUGUGGCACUGAGGGACGUGGGCAGUGGGCAUGGUGGGGGUGCACUGGGAUUGGGCUUGGGGAUCUUGGAGGGCUUUUCCAACCUGAGUGAUUCAGUGAUUCAGCAGUUAUUGAGAGAAUGCAUUGGCUAAUACAUGGAGCUCUGUGGGAGCUUUGAAUUAAAUGCUGUUUUUAGGCCUAGAAAUGGAAUACCAAGAAGUGUUUUGGUGGUGGCUGCAUGGGGAGAUGUGUUCGGUGUCUGUACCAGCUCGUGAUGGCAUUGAACUUGCUGUUUUUAAACUACCAGUCAUGGAUUAUCCUCGUUUCAAAAAGUUCUGCGUUUAAUGGUUUCUGGUAUGCACUUAAAGCCAUAUCUCAAGUUACAGAGGAAAGAGCGAUCUCCAGAAAUAAGCCAGGACUCCCUGAGAGGCCCACCUAUGAGCCAUCAGAGAUCGACACAAGAAGACAAAUACGCCAACAACUGCACCCAGCUGAGCGUUUUCCCAAAACCCCCCCUCGUGACUCCAUCUCGAAAGCUCCUGGGCAUUAUUUAUCCAAAUACUAUGUGCAAUAUGAAUGGGAAAGGUCCGGCAGACGGUCUGAGCGCCAGGGAGAAGAAGAACGUCCUGUCGGCAACGAUCCACCAGGGAGAAGAAGGGGAAGGGCCUCUGGAUGUGUGGGCCGUGGUGAAGCCUGGCAAUACGAAGGAGAAGAUCGCUUUCUUCGCAGCCCAGCAGUGCAGCGGCAGCAACCGGCUGGGCUCCAUGAAGCUGAAAAGCACGUGGGAUAUCGAUGGGAGAACGGUGAAACGACGGAAAAAAACGGUCGAUCUGAAAAAAGCCAAGCUCCAGUUGGAAAGGAUGAGGGAGGCGAACGCUAGGUGCUCUCAGCCGGAGCCUUUCGCGUGCGGCAUUGAGCAUUGCUCUGUGCAUUACGUGAAUGACAAUGGGGAGGGCGUGUUCCCGGGCCGGUCCCUCUCCGUGAUAGAGAUGGUCGCGUUUCUGGAGCAGCGGGCCAGUGCUUUACUGGUAGACUGUGCUAAAACUUGCACGUCCGCCUCCACCGCGAGGCUGAGCGCUCCGUCUAAAAGCGUUCUGCCCAGCUCUGACCCUUUUGUUGCUGCCGGGCCGUGCGAGGUACACGAGAGGGGAACUUGUGGCGGCGGCGAGCAGCAGCAGAGCGAGCCGGUGCGCGUCCUGGACAUGGUGGCCAAGCUGGAGUCGGAGUGCCUGCGGCGGCAGAGCGAGCGGGACGCCGGCAGCCUCUCGCGCAACAACAGCUUCCGCAGGAACGUGGGGCGGGUGCUCCUGGCCAGCGGCACGCAGCCUGGGGCCGAGCCCGGCAGAGCCUCUGCGGGCAGCGUGGGCCGGGGCGAGGAGCUGGGGGCGGUGGGGCCUGGCUGCGGAGCGAGGUGCGGGGAUGCCGGGCUGUGGGACGGCGCUGCCUCCGCUCCGCAGCCGUUCCAUCCAGGGCUGGAGGCUCGCGUGGGGAACGCGGGUUCGGGACUUGCUCACGCCGUGUUGGCCAUUGCGGCUGGAAGGGGCGAUGCUGAAAGGCGGCUUGAGCCUCCCAGAGCUCUGCCAGCCCUGUGUCCGGCUGUGGCCGGGGUGCCGGCGGAUUCCUUGCCGAGCAAGAGUGCAGCCGUUGAUUGUACGUCGAAGGAAGCUGUAAUCCUCUCGAAGCAGAGCCCGCAUCCUGCUAGGAAGGAGCCCUUGUGCAUCAGUAUAUCGGUCACCAAGACCGAGAAGGGGUGCAGGAAAGAGAAGCUCCCUCCCUCCGGUUCGAGUGAAGACCCCCUCCCGGGGCAGCUGUUUUUUCUCCAGGCUGAGCAGAAUGCCACCCAUGCGCCACAGCCGCUGCGGGAGCGUACCCAAGAAAAGCCAGGAGAAGGAGCCCGGAACGAGGAGGAGGAUGCUUUGGAAUCUGACAAAUCGUGUGUCAGGACCAGCGUCUCUCCUGAGCCAUCAGCCCUUUCUGUUCCCCAUCCAGAAGGUGCUUUGCAAGUACUGGAUGCUUCCUGCUUGAAACGGCAGGUCUCGCAUGACUUUUUGGAGACCAGGUUUAAAAUUCAGCAGCUUCUGGAGCCUCAGCAGUAUAUGGCUUUCCUGCCUCACCACAUCAUAGUCAAGAUCUUCGGCUUGCUCCCUACGAGGAGUCUGGUGGCCCUGAAAUGUACUUGCUACUACUUCAAGUUCAUCAUCGAGUACUACAACAUCAGGCCGGCGGACUCGCGCUGGGUCCGCGACCCCCGCUACCGAGAAGACCCUUGCAAGCAGUGCAAGAAGAAGUACGUGAAGGGGGACGUGUCGCUGUGCCGCUGGCACCCCAAACCUUACUGCCAAGCUUUACCCUACGGGCCCGGGUACUGGAUGUGCUGUCACAGGUCCCAGAAGGGCAUCCCGGGCUGUAAGUUGGGGCUCCACGACAAUCACUGGGUUCCUGCCUGCCACAGCUUUAACCGUGCUCUCCAUAAGAAGACCAGAGGAGCGGGAGCCGAAGGAGAAGAGGAAUAUUAGUGCACGUGCACUUUCCUGCGAGAUGGUUUGGGGUAGGAGGAGGAGAUUCUCAUGCCUUGUGCUGUUUACAGUGUAUAUAAUUGUCGUGUUUUUUCACAGGGCUAUGAAACUGCACAUCCUUCAACACAAGAGCCUUUACCUUUUAGAAUAAAGAAAGCUUUUAGUCCAUCUGUGUAAAUAACACUAUAAAAACUAAUUGUAUAUACAGAGUCUACAGCUGGCUGAACAACGUAAUCACUACAAUGCAGCUAUGAUAGUGUUGCGGCUAUAGUUGUGUGUGUUUUUAAGUGUCUCGUUUCAAAAUCUGUAUAUCCUGUAUAAUAUAUGAAUGUUUCUGAGAAGAAACUCUAAAUAGGUAAAGGUCAACUUGGUUAAAGAAUCUUCAGACAACUUAACUGGACAACCCUAAAACUAGACUAGAACAGAAGAUGACGGUAGCGUUGGCAGUGGAGAAAAAGAGAGGAAUAUUAUUGUAUAGUCAGAACAUAAAAAAAAAAAAAAAAUUAUUGCCUACCUUA